UGACUAAGCUGCAAGGGUCGGUGAAAUUUAAAUGGCGCAUGGAAACUAUUCUGAAAUUGAAUCAAAAUGUGGGAUUUGUUUGUCUGCCUACACAGAACCGCGGCUUUUAGACUGUUUUCAUACGUUUUGCACACCAUGUCUCGAACAAGUGUAUAUUCAUGAUAAUUAUCUGACUUGUCCGUUAUGUAGGACAAAAAAUUCCAUGCCAGAAAAAGGGGUGAGUGGUUUAAAAACUUAUCCUUUCCAUAUUGAACUAUCUCACGAUGACAAAAACUUAACGGACAUUUGCGAAUUUUGUUCUGAUGAAAAUACUGCCGUAUCGAAAUGUCUCGACUGUAAGAUAACUUUAUGCUUGAACUGUCGCGACUACCAUAAGAAAAUAAAAACUUCGAAAAACCACUCGCUUGAGAACUUGAAUUUAGAUCAAUUACUAGAACAUAAGGAAAAUUCAGUAAACGAAUGCGAUGAACAUAGAAAAGAGUUGACUUUAUUUUGUAAACCUUGUAAUGUUAUGUUGUGUAGCGAGUGCUCAGAAAAGUUACAUCAUAUGCAUGAAUUCCAGAACCUGGAUCUGUUGAUUCAGACUAGGAAGAAAAUUCUUCUGGCUAGAACAAGAAGCUUGAAAUCGAGAAUAUCUGUUCUCGGAAACACCGAAGAGUUAGUCAAACAAAAAGAAAACAACUAUUACAAACACCUAGACAUGGUGAAGAAAGAAAUUUUAGCACACACUUCAAGUAUGAAAGAUGUAUUUUGUAAUACUGUUGAUGUUUUGACGAACAAAAGUUUGGCUUCAAUUGACAAUAUUAAAAGGAAAGAUAUUAAAGAGAUUGACACAUACUUGAAUGAGAUAGAAACUGAACAAUUGUCAUUAGCAGGUCUCAUCAAGACAUCCGAGGAUUUCGUCACAAGGUCUUCAGAUAAAGUGUUCAUGGAUGAUUUUUUUACCGUCGGUUCUCAUCUUGAUAAAGUUCUGAACAAAACUUUGGAUCCUUUGACUUUGCAUGAGUUAAAUUACGAAUGUAAAGAAUUCACUGAAGCAACCGUAGAAAAUCUGCUUGGAAAGGUUAAUACUUCUUCGAAAGAAGAUGUUUUAACACCUGCAUAUUAUACACAACUGCCUAUUCCCAAACUGUUCCCUCAAACUGAAAAGGUACACAGUUUUCAACUUAAAAAUCAAAUCAAAGAUGUUGUUGCCGCAAAUAAUGAUAAUGCGUGGAUAUUCGAUGGGAAAUCAGCCUGUCUCUAUAAUCACGAUGGAACAAAGCGUUCUACUUAUGCACCACCGAACGAGAGCAAAAGAAUGCUCAGAAAGUCUGCAGAUGAAUUAUGGUUCUGGACUGGAAAGUCUGCAGUAAGGAGAUUAAACAUGAAAUAUCAAGAAGGGUUCAAAGUUUCAUUUCAAAAUGGAGCGGUUGGCUGUUUUGUCCAAAACGGGAAUUUGCUCGUGUAUAAUAAAGAAGAAAAGGUAAUCUAUGAGGUUUCUGAAGACGAAGGUGUUAAAAACAAAACGGAAAUCAAAGAUCCCAAAAAUAAAUUGCAGAAAACUGAUUUUUUUACCAGUAGAAAUACAGAUAUUAUGAUGGUAGAAACAAAGAACUCAAAUCUUGUUAUGUCUUGGCGAAACAAUUCUGUUAUAAUUACUGAUAAUCAUGGAAUAAUUCUAGACACAUUUACGCGACUCAAUGCAGGAUUUCGAGGUAUAACUGUAGAUAAUUAUGGACAUAUCUUAGUGGCGGAUUAUGAAAACGACAAAAUUGAUAUUUUAUCUGAGAACGGUGUUUUUCAACGAAACUUGCUAAAUAAUCGAAAUGGUGAUAACAUUAUACGUAGAACUUCUCGUAUAACUACUGAUGAGUGUGGCUUUUUGUGGGUGUUCGAUUAUGACAAUACAAUGAAAAUAUUUUCGUAUCAAUAAAUAUAAUUCAGCCGUUGUCGUUUGUUGCUGUAUAUAAUAUGUGUGACCCGCAACGACAUAACCAUGAUAACCAGGCUUUUGGCGGUAGACGUGACGUCAUUGUGAGAAAAACGCAGUUUACUUUGUGUGACUAGCCACUUCCAGGCCUAUGAGGGUAUAUUGUUUCAAAUUUGCUUCUUGUUUAGUUGUGUGCAACAUUCAGAUGACAAAAAUACCUGUCAUGUUAUUAUGACAAUGUGUUGAGAUAACAUUGAUACGACUCAUUUCGAAUAUCGGCAUGACAAUGAGCCUGUUCGAUGGCGACUUUUAUUAUCAAAGACACUAAUUUAUAAAAUACAAAACUAUUGUAUUUCAUUGACACUUAGUAAUCUUCAACAGCGUAUUUGAGACAAAAUUUCAAACGAAUA